GUAGCCGGGAGGCAAACUUGUGCCUCGGCUUCGACGGCUGUAGGUACCGCUAUGAUAAACGUCUUAGCCACACAGUCGUUGUAAACACGUUAUAAUCCUGAGGACGAACCGAUGUGUGUCCAUUUAACUGUAACAUUUAACUUUGACGCUGAAUACUAAAGGAAGCAGCGGACGGGGCUUUUGAUUUGACCUAGAUUUGUUUUGUUUCCAGUGGGAGCCUACAGGACGUGGAGGAGGAGGAGGAGGAGUGUCCCACACCCGACGUCCGUCAAGAUAAGCACGUCAACGUUCCGCGCAACAAGUUGCCGAAACUUACAAGUUUGGCAGUUGGACGUUUCUGCGACGGAAUGAGACGUUAACUCGCCUUAACUGAGCCUCAAAGUAUGCGGAGGAAAGCCGAGGUCGACCAGCGGAAACGUGGCGAGGCUGGUGACACUGAAAGGGCCCGUUCAGCGGCGGUAGGUGCCCUCGGAGAGCAGCAGCAGCAGCAGCAGCUCCGCGGGGCAUGAAACCUCAACCCGAGUCUGCAGCACCGAGGACGGAAGCGACGCGAUGGCGGUCUGCGGAAGAAGGAGCCGACCCAGGCUGCUUCUCUGCCUCUUCGGCGUCACGUUAGUGGGCUACCUGAUAUUUCUCAGGCACGGCAACGGGGACGUGAGCGCCGCGAAUCGACUGGGGGACCCCGAGGAGCGAGACGUGGUGGUUAACGACCAUCUGAAGAGACCCGUGUACGAGAGGCCCCCCUUGGAUUUAAAUGCCCCGGGUGAAAUGGGGAGAGCCGUCAAACUCAAUCUGAAGGGAGAGGAGAAAACAAAGGAGGAGGAGAGCAUCAAAGUGCAUCAGAUCAACACUUAUGUCAGUGAUAAAGUGUCGCUCCACCGCAGGCUGCCAGAGAGAUGGAACCCACUUUGCAGAGAGCUGAAGUACGACUACCGGUCCCUGCCAACAACCUCCGUGGUCAUAGCCUUCUACAACGAGGCCUGGUCCACCCUGUUGAGGACGGUCCACAGCGUGCUGGAGACGUCGCCAGACAUCCUGCUGAGGGAGGUGGUGCUGGUGGACGACUACAGCGACAGAGCGCAUCUGAAGGAGCCGUUGGAGAGGUACAUCUCAAAUUUGAGGAAGGUGCGUCUGAUCCGGGCCACCAAGAGGGAGGGGCUGGUGCGGGCCCGGUUGCUCGGGGCGUCCAUUACCACGGGCGAUGUGCUGACCUUCCUGGACUGCCACUGCGAGUGUCAUGAAGGCUGGUUAGAGCCCCUACUCCACAGGAUCAAAGAGGAGCCAUCGGCUGUGGUGUGUCCUGUCAUUGAUGUGAUCGACUGGAACACCUUCCAGUAUUUAGGGAAUUCUGGUGAACCUCAGAUCGGGGGCUUUGAUUGGCGCUUGGUGUUCACCUGGCACUCUGUCCCAGAGUAUGAACAGAAACGGCGUAGCUCGCCCACUGAUGUCAUCAGGUCUCCUACUAUGGCAGGUGGUCUGUUUGCUGUGAGCAAGCUGUACUUCCAUUACCUGGGGACAUACGACACAGGGAUGGAGGUGUGGGGAGGAGAGAACCUGGAAUUCUCCUUCAGGAUUUGGCAGUGUGGAGGCAGCCUGGAGAUCCACCCAUGCUCCCAUGUGGGUCAUGUGUUCCCUAAAAAGGCCCCUUACUCAAGGAGCAAAGCUCUGGCAAACAGCGUGAGAGCCGCUGAGGUCUGGAUGGAUGAAUACAAAGAGGUCUACUACCAUCGGAACCCCCACGCACGACUGGAGGCGUUUGGGGACGUGACAGAGCGGAGGAAGCUUAGGGAGAAGCUGGGCUGUAAGAACUUCAGGUGGUAUCUGGAUAAUGUUUACCCCGACAUUCACGUCCCAGAGGAUAAGCCGGGCAUGUUUGGAAUGCUGAAGAACCGGGGCAAGACCAACUACUGUUUUGACUAUAACCCUGCAGAUGAACACACGGUGGUGGGCCAAAGGGUAAUCCUCUACCCAUGUCACGGCAUGGGUCAGAACCAGUUCUUUGAAUACUCAACGGACGGCGAGAUCCGCUAUAACACGAGGGAGCCCGCUGGAUGCGCUGUGGGUGACAGCGUCAGCACCUACCUGACUGUGCAGCUGUGCAGAAAACGAGGGCAAACCGUACCUGCAGACCAGAAGUUUGUCCUCCGAGAGGACGGGAGCCUGUACCAUGUCAUGAGCCAGAAGUGUGUUCAGGCGGUGGACAAGACGGACAACGGGACACCAGCCCCCUCACUCCAGCCCUGCUCUGACAGCCUCCACCAAAAGUGGUUCUUUGAGGAGAGAAUGUGAUGGUAUCAACCCAGAAUAUGUCUCCAAAUGUAUUAUUCAUUCAGGACCAAAAUACUGAGGAGAAAUGUGGGUGGAUUGAAUUGCAAAAUGUUUUUUGAUUAUGUUCGCUUUGCCUUAAAAGGAGCCCAUUGGAGGAAGCUUCUGUGCUCCCUUCCAAUCCUUAACCUUUUGCACUUUUUUGUGCCAGCUGGAUUUAAUGGACCAAAAGGAAAUUAUACUGAUAAUUAUACUAAUGAAGUACGAUGUAAAUAUAUAUGGGAAUAUUUUUUUCUUGGAUGCUGUGGCGGGAGACAGGAGCCUACUGGAAUAUGUGUGAUCUUCUUCUAAUCAAGGGCAGAUGCUUGAGGAUUAGUGAUAACCUGCACUAUCAUAUGCGCUGUCUUUUUUCUUUGGUUUUCAUUUACGCGUUCACCUACUGGUGCACUCUUUAAGAAUGAAUUCAGUUUAGCUCACCUGCUUCCUACACACAUGGGCAAGCGCUGAAACACGCGUGCACCUGUCUGAGCGAAACAAACACUUUUAUACCUCUGUCAACAGCAAACUAGUGGCUGACAUCACAGUGAUUCCCUGAGCCACAUCAGGAGGCAUUUAAAAAGGUUUCUUGUCUUCUCCUGUAGAGGGGGCCAGCGCUCCAGUCUCUGCACGUUCAUUUCACUGUGUUCCCUGUUUGUCAAGAGAAAGUGGGACAAGGUAUCAGGUAUUUUGCUAAGAACCUUUUCAGGACAUUUUUAGUGCUUGCUACUCUUACACACCGUUUGCUUAGAAAAAAGCCUCAUAUCACAGGCAUUAUGCAAGUAUGUAGUACCUCUUCAACUUAAUCACCUAACUACUGAUAACAGGAGAAACUCUUUUUCCGUUCUGUUUUGACUGGAGUCAUUCUGCAUUGCAGCUUCAGCUGAGGUGAAAGGACAUGGGUCGUUUUGCCAGUUUUGUAGUGAUUUUUGUAACAGUUGUUUUUCAGUGUAGUGUACUUGCCUCUGUUUUGUGCUCUUUAAAUGAUCUGCAGCUUCAGAAGACUAAAUCAUAGCCAUAUUUGAUGGAUUUGCUUCAUGCGGUGUCAACUGUUUAUUUUAAAUUAUGUCUUUUUCAGAUAAGACGAAAUUACUGUCAUUUCAUAGCUUCACUGCAGAUGUAUGGGAUUUUAUUCACUUAAUGCUGAGUGCGAAUGCAUCAACACUGAAAUGGCAAGAAUAGGAUCUUCUUCCCCAUCUUUACUCUUCCACUUGGAGCGCAUAGAAAGUGCCUGAUGUUAAAAAAAAGUCAAAUUCUAUUUUAAGUUAUUCCUUCAGCUUCAGAACAUGUGAGAGAUGCUGUUGCACUGAAUGUAUAUUUUGUCACACAAACACAUGAGAUAGAAAGGAAACCGUACUUACAUUUGUGACAAAGUGUCUGCACACUUCCAAUAUGCGUGCUCUCCUGCUGAGAAUACAGUAUGCACAGGAAAGAAGGUUUUCCCUGGAGUGUAAAUGCUUUACUCUGAAGGCCUGCACUGAUUUCUGCUUGCUGCCUCUGUUUCCAUUCAUCAGAGUCACACAGCUAUAGACCCCUCUGUUCGGAGCUGUUGUCACUUGUGUGGCUGGUCCCUCAGGCUGUGCAGACGGACCGAGGGAAGCACGGCGGAGGCGUAGACAGUUGUUUGUGUCUCCAGAGCGCUGGGAUGCCAGAUGGCUUCCUGAUUGAUUUCCUGGUCCUCUCCCAAUUCUUUAUUCCCACCUCUCCGUCUCGGUGUCAGAGGUGUGCUGCGCAGGACUUGUCUUUUGGACAAAACCCUCCUCAGGUGAGCACUUGUUCCUCGUGCGCCUGAGGUUUGAUGUAUGAAUGGAAGUCAUCAGGAGUAGAGUUUUUGACAGCAGGAGCAGAUACUGGAGGAGAGUGAAUGAAGCACUUUGUGACCUCUUCCUCACCAUUACCCUUCACAGGCUGUUGGCCCAUCGGCCUCACAGGAGCUCUGUUUGGAAUUGAUGUGAGGGGGCAAUUGGACUGAAAUGGAUUUUUGCUAUUGACUCAGAAUGUUUACUUCUCACAAUAAGAUAAAUCGGAGAAAAAGACUGUGCCGCAGCCGAGUAGAAUCAGAAUCCCUUCAUUUGCCAAAUACAAUGAAUGUACAGUAAUGUGUAAAGGUGAUGUGGUUGGAGGAACAUGGUAACAUCUGCAUGUGUGAGCUCACACAGUACAAGCCUAAAGAGAUGGCAUAAGAUGUGCUUUGCUUUCCACUUACAUAUAUUAACAUUGCAUUGGAAAAGAGCGUCGCAAGCUAGCUGUCCUGUGUAGGAUGAAGGCAAAAAAUAAGUUCCAAGUGUAUUGAAAUAUGGACAUGAUUGUGCAGAUAAUGCUUGGUGAUAAGUGGAAUGGACCAAAUGACCAUUAGGAAGAUUAUGGUCAGCUCCAUGGAGGGAGGGGAGGGGCAGCCGUUUGGGGAUAGUGCAAAUGUUUUUGGGUGAUAGGCUGAUUGUGUAGGGUGACGUUUUUUUAAGCAUUGAUGGCGCCUGGCAAUCCCCCAGACUCUUGUUGAGUGUCCCGGCUCUGAUUUAAGACUAAGAAAAGAUGCUUCAGCGAGUUUCAUCCACAGGAGAUCAGAUUUACCAGGAAACGGUGACACUGCCCUUUUAAUACAGGGCUCAUGCUUUAUGUAUUGAAGACUUAAGAAGUGACAUCUUUUCCAUUUCCAUCACUUUGUGUCUUUAAAUAAAAUCAACAAUAAAAUAGAAUAAUAGAUAUUAUAGUCUGUUAUUAAAAGGGGUUAUUUAUUGUCCCCAGUGGCCAUCUCUUACUCCAGACAUGUCCUACACAGUAAAACAUUUUUGCGAUAUGGCACACGCAGCUGCAAUAAAACUAAUAUUCGCCGGCUGGUGAUCAUAUCUCUCCGGCAGGUCAUAAAGGGUUUUAUAUCAACCAACCUGUGUCAUAAACAGUAGGGAUAUUCCAGGAGCACUUGAACCUGCUAAGUGGCUGAUUGUACUGUCACCCAACCCUAAUGGAUCAGGCAGUAGCAUGCACACACCUUCUGUUUACAAUGAUAAACUGUUCCCAGUGGAGACGUUUCAGCUGUUUAAGUGGUAAGCAUGCACAAAUGAUAAUGCUGGAAUGUAACACCUCGUCUGGUGUAUUAAUGCUGUCAGUAACAACAGUGGCCUUACAUUGUUAUUAGGAAAGUGAAGAAUAUGAUUAACAAUAUUUUUGUAUUUGUUGGACCAAAUCUGAUGUCAGAUUGUCUGUUUAACUGUUGUCAAUUGAGAGUCAAAGUAAGUAAACAUGAAGAUGUAAUUUUG